AUAUGUAACAUCAGAAGGUAACACAUUUCUCUGGUCUCUCCAUCUUCCUUCAUUCGUCAGAAAUAUACCAACCGAGAUAGACCGCUGGGAUCACCUCGAGCGAUGUCGGGAUCAUCUGUAGCACGAUAUCUCCUGGUUCUGGGUUCCUUUGCUAUCUUGGAGCAGCUCCUUCGCGUUGCUAAUGCUCAAAAUCAAUCUCAACCUACUACAGACCCUGAUGAAGCGAGAAUUUUGAACUCUAUAUUUCAACAAUGGAGAAUAUCAGCAAAUGCUCAAUGGAAUAUAAGCGGUGAGCUUUGCAGCGGAGUCGCCUUAGACUCCACCGCCUUCGACAGUGGGACUUACAACCCCAUCAUCACAUGUCAAUGCGACAACUCCACUUGUCACAUCACCCAACUGAAAGUUUACGCCUUGAGCGUUGUAGGUGUGAUUCCGGAUGCACUCUGGAAUUUGACUCACCUCACCAAUUUGGAUUUGCGUCAAAAUCAUUUGAUUGGUCCCCUAUCUGCAUCUAUUGGCAAUCUAACUCAAAUGCAAUAUCUGAGUGUUGGCAUUAAUGCUUUAUCCGGCAAGGUUCCGAAGGAACUUGGAUUGCUUACUGAUUUAAGAUCGUUGUCAAUUAGUUCAAAUAACUUCUCCGGUCCUUUGCCAUCUGAACUUGGGAAUUGUUUGAGAUUGGAACAAUUUUACAUUGGUAGCUCUGGAGUUAGUGGUGACAUUCCUUCGACAUUUGCUAGGCUACAAAAUCUAGCUACACUAUGGGCAUCUGACAUUGAACUCACAGGCAGGAUACCUGACUUUAUUGGGAAUUGGUCAAAACUUACUACUUUGAGGUUUCAAGGAAAUUCUUUCGAUGGUCCAAUACCUCCAACCUUUGCUAGUCUAACUUCAAUGGAAGAAUUGAGGAUUAAUGGUUUGUCUAAUGGAAGUUCUACGUUAGAAUUUAUUAAGAAUAUGAAGUCCUUAAGCAUCUUGGCAAUUGAAGUUAUUCGACGAUUAACAUCAGAAAAGUACCAUCUAAUGCAUGAGAGGGAUAAUUUAUGGACUGAGGUGUCUAAGUUCAGCAAAAGAGAUAAUUGUAUUCCAGAAUCUGCGAUUAUUGCAUUAGAGUUGAAGAGUAUAGUGCUGUGCUUGCAGGAUCAAAUCCAUAGUUUGGAGAAGAAGUUACUGGCUAUGGAAAAAAAUUUGGAAGAUGAGUUUGUUAGUUCGAUGAACAAAAUGCUUGUUAUGGGGGGAAAAAUAGAGAGUCUGGAGAAGGAUAUGCAGAAUAAUUUUGGUAGCACGGAUGAGAAAAUGGUGAGUAUGUUUAAGUUUUUUGGGGAUAAGUUUGGAGGCAUGGAGCAGAAAAUGUUGGAUACGGAUAAGCAUUUGGAGGCAAUUGACAGUUUGGACAAGAAAAUAGAUGCCCUGAUGACAAAGGUUUACAACAAGAAAGCUUUUGGCAAACUAUUUGUAAUUGUUGUAUCUUGUGUACUGCCAAUAUUAUUUGCAAUGAUAAAAUUUGUAAUUAGAAAUCAAGGGUUAAAUUUGCCUGCCAUAGAAUGAGAACAUAUUGUAAUUUUGCAAAUUGGCAAUGGAAGUAUACUUUUGUCUAUAUCCUGUUGCUUUUGAUGAGUAUGGAAAUAAUAACAGUGAACAUUAUACCAGGAAAUUGUAUCUGUCACAGGAAAUUGUAUCUGUCACAGGAAAUUGUAUCUGUCACAGGAAAUUGUGUACUGUAAAUUAUACCAGUAAACUAUACCAGUAAAU